UCUCUUUCAUCUAAUUACUUUCCCUUACCACUUUGUCCCCCCUCAUCUGUCCUCUUCCCCUCUUUCUUUAAUUCGCCCAUUCUCUCUUUCCUUCCUUCACUCUCUUUAUAAACUUCCUACUAUCUCUUUUUUUUUUUUGGCUCAAAAUCAAAACACACCAACAAAACCUCUUUCUUUCUUUCUCUUAAUUUAAAAAAAGAAAUAAUGGAUGAAUAUAGGUGGAAUUAUCAUGUGCCGGCAUUUGGAGGGUGGGAUUAUGAAGAAGAUGAACUGCCUUAUACGCAGUGUUUUGAGAGUGCUAGACAAGCUGGUUUUGCUCGUUUUGCUGCUGCUUAUUCUGAUUCUGCUGAUGUUGAAGAUAGAGAUUUGUAUGUUGCUGGUGAUUUGUACCAAAAUGAUAUUCUUACUCCUGCCGUCAUCGUUGUUCCUCGUCGCAGGCAGAGAAAAGGAGGAUACUCAAAUAAUAAGAAUGUGAAAGGAGUAAAAAAACAGGAAAAGGAAGAAUAUAAUUGGGGAGGAUAUUCAUCAUAUGAUAUAAAGGAACCACCAAGUCCAAUUAUCUCACCUCCAAAGCCAACUAAGAAGUCUAAGGCUGUUGAUGAAGAUUUGUACAAAAUUCCUCCUGAAUUUCUCCAUGUCAAACCUAGAAAGAAGAAAGGAUUUGGGCUAUUUUCAAGCUGUUUGCAGCCUGCUUGUGCUUAAUCAUACAGCUUAGAGAUAAUGCUGGUUUAUUAUUAAUAUAGCUUAGUCUUAAAAGCUUGAGGAAUUGGAAGAGAAGUUUAAUAUUUUCGGCAUGCAAAAUAUAAUCAUGAGAGUUAAAUAUGUUAGCCUUGAGCUAAUGAAGAGGAUUAAGGGUGUAACGAGGCGAUUUAAUUUCGAAUAUUUCCUCCAUAUAUAUAAAUGGGUUGUAAUAUUAAUUUUCUUCCACUUAUGCUUUUGUAAAAAGAAAAAAUUCAGUUGAAGAAAGGGGAAAUUUAUGGCUAGUUUACUUUCUGAAUGGUAAAAAUUGGAGCUUUUCCAAAAGAAGCUACGCAUUCUUUUUUAGUCUUUUUUUUUCUCUUUUAUACUUUAAUAUACAAGCAUGUCACGAGAUGUAUUAUGGUACGUGUAUUAAAUAUGGUUUAGCUAA